AUGUCUGCAUCCAUUUCGAUGCCUAAGUUGACAGUUCAGCGUGAUGAACCUGCUGCAAGUGAGAUGGGGAUACGCGCCAUCCGGCGCGUUAUCGUGCACGCAAGUACCCUGAAAGCCUCACAAUUGCGCUCCGGCGAUGUGGUCGCCUUAUCAGAGGUAGAUGACGGAAACACGAAGAAGGAUUUUGCAAUUGGGACACUGUGGCCUUCUCUGGAUGUUCCGCAAGAUGCCAUUUUGAUUUCGUCCUCGCUUUUCCUUACGGCGCGCCUCAAGGAAGGCACAAAGGUACAAGUAUUUGAUCUAUCCGAUCAAGGCACUGGCAGGCUCCCUCCAGGUCUGCCAACCCUGCGUGAUGUUGAAGAGGCUGGCACCAUCCGCCUGAGAGAAAUUUCCAUAAAAGCACCAACAUCGCAAGAUGUGGCCAAUUCACAAGGAAAAGGAAAGCGCAGGGAUUGGCUCACUCUAAUACUGCGAGAAUACCUUAUCAACCUCAAACAUAUUCUUUCUACUCAGAUUGUCGAAGUCCCAUAUCAAGGCGAAAUUCGAAGAUUCUCCAUUGAAUCUGUGUCAACGCACCACUCGGCACCAAGCGGUUCCAUAACACGCGCCUUCAACUCGCUUGCAAUUCAGGAUAGGCCAUUACUUUGGACAGCAGGGUGGGAUACGAUUGUUUCCAUACUGGAAGACGUGACUGAUAAUGACAUCGGCCUCACGAAAAAGUCUGACGUCGAAACACUACCACAUACAUCAAUUUCUGACGCAUACGCCACUGUCGGAGGACUUGACAAGACAAUCACUCAGAUACGAGAUCUUCUCGAGAUACCACUCACGAGACCAGAGCUCUUUGGAUACUUCGGUCUCAAACCGCCUCGGGGCAUAUUGUUGCAUGGCCCGCCUGGUACAGGAAAAACACACCUUGCGCGUGCUAUUGCCUCAUCUACCAAUUCAUCGGUGCUCGUCAUCAACGGCCCUGAGCUAUCUUCAGCCUACCAUGGAGAAACGGAGUCAAAGCUCAGAGAUGUAUUCAAGGAAGCACGAGUCAAGAGCCCGUGUAUCGUUAUCUUGGACGAAGUUGACGCUCUUGUUCCAAGGCGGGAAGAGGGCGCAGGCGGCGAGGUUGAGAAACGAGUGGUCGCGACACUUUUGACCAUACUGGAUGGUAUAAAUAACGCGAGCACGAAUGGUGAGGAUAGGGUCGUCAUCAUCGGCACAACGAAUCGGCCGAACGCCAUCGACCCGGCGCUACGAAGACCUGGGAGAUUAGAUCGGGAAUUUGAGAUAGGCGUACCGGACGCAGACGCACGCCACUCCAUUCUGAACGUCCUCCUCUCCAAAACUCCCCAUUGUAUAACAGACGCAGAACUCCGCUCUAUCGCCAGCCGCGCUCAUGGAUAUGUUGGUGCGGAUCUCAGUGCCGUAGUUCGAGAGGCUGGGACCCUUGCCAUCAAACGAUGGAUGAUCCACAUUCCGCCGGGAUCCCUUGCUGAUCCAGCAGCUACUACAAUGACUCUGAAAUUAACACCAUCGGAUCUUUCAGAUGCGCUUCCUACCGUGCGGCCGUCCGCGAUGCGCUCAGUAUUCGUUGAGACGCCACCCGUUCGGUUCGACGAUAUAGGUGGGCAAGCUCAUGUCAUACAGAAACUUCGGGAAGCCGUCGAGUGGCCAUUAUUGCACCCAGAGGCAUUUCAGCGACUAGGUGUCCGACCACCCAAGGGCUUGCUAUUGUAUGGACCCCCAGGGUGCAGUAAAACUGUUCUGGCGCGAGCUUGUGCAACGGAAAGCGGGGUUAACUUUGUUGCUGUGAAAGGUCCUGAGCUUCUAAAUAAAUAUGUUGGAGAGUCGGAAAAAGCUGUGCGAGAUAUAUUUAGCAAGGCCAGAGCUGCUUCGCCAUCGAUAAUUUUUUUCGAUGAAAUUGAUGCCCUUGGAACAUCACGCUCAUCAGAUUCUGAUACUGGAAAUGGGUCAUCUCACGAGGGGGUUCUGACCAGCCUCCUGAACGAAAUGGAUGGUGUUCAAGAGCUUGUAGGCGUGACCGUCAUUGCAGCCACAAAUCGCCCCGACGAUUCAGCUCUUAUGCGUCCCGGACGACUAGAUCGCAUUUUGUACGUUGGACCUCCUGACCAAGACGGGCGCGAAGAAAUCUUGAAGAUCAGGACAAGGAAGAUGAGUGUCGAACCUGGCUUGGAUCUUCGUGCAGUAGCAACCAUGACCGACGGGUGCAGCGGCGCAGAAAUCAGCGCACUGUGUCAGGAGGCUGCUCUACUGACUAUGCAGAAAGAUAUCAACGCCCCAUUCGUCCCCCAAAGUGCCUUUGUUGCAGCAGCAGGUGCCAUACAAAAGCAAAUCACCCCAGAUGUGAUCAAAAAAUAUCAGCAAUGGAGAGAUCGGACUGGAUUAAGGAGUGCUUGA